CCUCACCCCGACCCUCUCCCCGGCCCCCUCCUCCCCUCCCCCGCCUCGCCCCACCGGCUUCCCACCACGGCCUCUCUCGGCGAGGAAACUCUGGCCUCCGCUUCCUCCUCCUCCGACUCGGACACCGGCGGAGCCUCCCCGCCCCCGCGGAAGAAACCCCGAGCCUCGGCGGCGGAGGGAGCAGGAGAGCCCGGGGCUUCGGCAGGCAGAGCAGGCCUCUCCCCUCCGUCCUCGUCGUCCUCGUCCUCGUCGUCGUCGUCCUCCUCCUCCUCCUCCGUGGUGGUAGUGGUGGGACUCCCCCCGGCUGCCCCUUCCGCCGCCGCUGCCGUCCCCCACCGAGGUAGCGGCCACAGCCUGGUCAGCGGCAGCAUCAUGCAGGCCAACGGGGCAGGAGGAGGAGGAGGAGGCGGCGGCGGCGGCGGUGGAGGAGGAGGGGGCGGCGGGGGCCAGGGACAGACCCAGGAACUCGCCUGCCUGUCGGCCCAGAACGGGGAGUCGUCCCCCUCGUCGUCGUCGUCCGCGGGGGACCUGGCCCACGCCAAUGGGCUCCUGCCUUCCGCCCCCUCCGCCGCCAGCAACAAUAGCAACAGCCUGAAUGUCAAUAACGGGGUCCCCGGCGGGGCCGCCGCCGCAGCCUCCGCCACCGUUGCAGCUGCCUCCGCCACCACCGCCGCCUCCUCUUCCUUGGCCACCCCAGAACUGGGCAGCAGCCUCAAGAAGAAGAAGCGGCUCUCCCAGUCAGAUGAGGAUGUCAUUAGGCUAAUAGGACAGCACUUGAAUGGCUUAGGGCUCAACCAGACUGUUGAUCUCCUCAUGCAAGAGUCAGGAUGUCGUUUAGAACAUCCUUCUGCUACCAAAUUCCGAAAUCAUGUCAUGGAAGGAGACUGGGAUAAGGCAGAAAAUGACCUGAAUGAACUAAAGCCUUUAGUGCAUUCUCCUCAUGCUAUUGUGGUAAGAGGCGCACUUGAAAUCUCUCAAACGUUGUUGGGAAUAAUUGUGAGGAUGAAGUUUUUGCUGCUGCAGCAGAAGUACCUGGAAUACCUGGAGGAUGGCAAGGUCCUGGAGGCACUUCAAGUUCUACGCUGUGAAUUGACGCCACUGAAAUACAAUACAGAGCGCAUUCAUGUUCUUAGUGGGUACCUGAUGUGUAGCCAUGCAGAAGACCUACGUGCAAAAGCGGAAUGGGAAGGCAAAGGAACAGCUUCACGAUCCAAACUGUUGGACAAACUUCAGACCUAUUUACCACCAUCAGUGAUGCUUCCUCCACGGCGUUUACAGACUCUCCUGCGGCAGGCAGUGGAACUACAAAGGGAUCGGUGCCUAUAUCACAAUACGAAACUUGAUAAUAAUUUAGAUUCUGUGUCUCUGCUUAUAGAUCAUGUUUGUAGUAGGAGGCAGUUCCCAUGUUAUACUCAGCAGAUACUUACGGAGCAUUGUAACGAAGUGUGGUUCUGUAAAUUCUCUAACGAUGGCACUAAACUAGCAACAGGAUCAAAAGAUACGACAGUUAUCAUAUGGCAAGUUGAUCCGGAUACACACCUGCUAAAACUGCUUAAAACUUUAGAAGGACAUGCUUACGGUGUUUCUUAUAUUGCAUGGAGUCCAGAUGACAACUAUCUUGUUGCUUGUGGCCCGGAUGACUGCUCUGAGCUUUGGCUUUGGAAUGUACAAACGGGAGAGCUAAGGACAAAAAUGAGCCAGUCUCAUGAAGACAGUUUAACAAGUGUGGCUUGGAAUCCAGAUGGGAAACGCUUUGUGACUGGAGGUCAGCGUGGGCAGUUCUAUCAGUGUGAUUUAGAUGGUAAUCUCCUUGACUCCUGGGAAGGGGUGAGAGUGCAAUGCCUUUGGUGCUUGAGUGACGGGAAGACUGUUUUGGCAUCAGAUACACACCAGCGAAUUCGGGGAUAUAACUUCGAGGACCUUACAGAUAGGAACAUAGUACAAGAAGAUCAUCCCAUUAUGUCUUUUACUAUUUCAAAGAACGGCCGAUUAGCUUUGUUAAAUGUAGCAACUCAGGGAGUUCAUUUAUGGGACUUGCAAGACAGAGUUUUAGUAAGAAAGUAUCAAGGUGUUACACAAGGGUUUUAUACAAUUCAUUCAUGUUUUGGAGGCCAUAAUGAAGACUUCAUCGCUAGUGGCAGUGAAGAUCACAAGGUUUACAUCUGGCACAAACGUAGUGAACUGCCAAUCGCGGAGCUGACGGGGCACACACGCACCGUAAACUGUGUGAGCUGGAACCCACAGGUCCCAUCCAUGAUGGCCAGCGCCUCAGAUGACGGCACCGUUAGAAUAUGGGGACCAGCGCCUUUUAUAGACCACCAGAAUAUUGAAGAGGAAUGCAGUAGCAUGGAUAGUUGAUGGCGAAUUUGGAGCAGACGACUUCUGUUUAACUUAAAAUUAGUCGUAUUUUAAUGGCUUGGGAUUUGGUGCAAACAAACAUGAUUGAUAGCUGGACAGACAUGCUCGUCAUGAAAAAAGAACCAUUUCUGAAGCCCGACUGGGGCCAAACAUUUACACCUUGCUUCAUAGUAACCAGUUGAGAUGAAGCACGUCGUUAGAACGUUGUUGGACACCAUGUUGAAUUAUCCCCCCAUCGGUUGUGAAGAACUGUGCUACAUUCAGGCUUACCCAUUGAACUCAGUAUAUAUAAUUUUUUCCCUCCUGCCUUUGUCGGGCAGGAUCCAUUCUUGUUGCUCUUCUGUGUAAUGAAGUUUAAAUGCUUGUUUGGAAAACUUUAUUUAACAGUUUAGAAGGCUUGAUAGAAAGAGUGCAUUAGUCUGAAGAGUAUACAUUGGAUAGGAAAGAAUUUCCUUCUUUUGUUUCUCCAAAUCUUUCCGCCUUAUUUAGCUUGAGAUCUUUGCAGCUUGGUUCAUGGAUUCUAGCCUUGCCCGUUGCGCAGUAUAUACUGAUCCAGAUGAUAAACCAGUGAACUAUGUCAAAAGCACUCUCAAUAUUACAUUUGACAAAAAGUUUUGUACUUUUCACAUGGCUUGUUGCCCCGUAAAAGGGUUAACAGCACAAUUUUUUUAAAAUAAAUUAAGAAGUAUUUAUAGGA